AUGCAGUACGUGCUAGGCCUUUUGGCCUUACUGCUCGUCGCCGUCAAUGCAGACGUGUUCACCUCAAUUGCCGACAUGCAGGCUCUGCUCCAGUCUGAAAAAUCUAUUCCAGAUAUGCUCAGAAAAUACGUCGAAAGCGAGCAUCAACGUCUCGAACACCUCAAGGAUUUAAUAGAGGACUAUGAAGUACAAAAUGAGGAAGCUCUAAAGACAGAUAUCAAAGAUCUCAUAAAUCCUAUCAACGCUUUCUUGUUCAUCAAAAAGAAGGUGAACCUCAGCAGCUGCCCCUGCUUAUCCGUGCAGAGAUAA